AGCAUUUCGUGCGAACCCCGACGACGAAAUCAUUCCAUCCAGCCGUCGAAGCCGUGUUCUCGGGGGUUUGGGAUUGUGAUUUUGUAUAAAUCUCUAAAAGUUUAUGUGCCAACUACUAUACAAAACAAAGAUUCGAAAAUUCGAGCUGACUGCAAAGCUGCUUGAAGGAUCUGCCGAGCCCGCAUUAUCUGUGAUAUACAGCUCAGCCUCUCGUCCGUCCUAUAAGGGCUGGGCCAAUUGGGGCUUGGAGGCGUAUCCGCAGCAGCUUGAGCGGUGAUCUCACCCUGCCCUCUGUCACAGAGGCACUAAACACUGCUACCUGCUUAAUUGACUGCAUCACUACGAACCAUUGUUACUUAGUCUAUAAUUGAAACAAUAUGCAAUCUGUGAAAAUAAGUCUAAUGCUAGGUGGAUAUUGUAGAAAAUUAUUCUAUUUAUAAAUAAUUGUCUGAUGUCUAAUGUUUCUGUAAUAUUAUGUGUUCCACGUCUAAUUAAGGAUAAUUGUUACUCCAAUAUUGAUAACUGUUACCGAACCAAUGCAAUGUAAUAACUCCACCUCAUCAUUGGUGGUGUACACAAAUAAAUUUGGUGCUUUUGAGCGAGUCGUUAAGAAGAAUGAAAGUCAGCAAGUUAGUGUAAAAAUGGUAGAUAAUAAUAUUUAUAAUGUAGAGUUUGUUGAUAGUAUCCAACAAAACCAAAUGAUUGGCGAUACGCCUAAAUACUGCAUUCCUUUAAUGAUUAACGCCAUAACAGUCCAGGGUAUCUCAUACAGUGACCCGUAUUUCAGUAGCUUUAACUUAAAGUAUAAGAUGGCGUUGGGAGCGCCAGAGUAUGUGAACAAGUCUGAUUACGCUUUUAAAUCCUCAGUUUGUAUUAUACGAGAUGAGCCUUGCGAGACGCAACUAGUAAACAAAAAGUCUGCUCGUGAUAUGAUAUGCAAAAGGAAAACUCGAAUGAAUACUGAUUAUGACAAGUCUGUUACAACACACCAUGACAAUAACUAUGGAGCAUUAAGCUCUAAGUCAGCUUUGAAAGUAUUUGCUAACGGUGAUCUCACUUUGGAUGCGAUGUUGGAACUCACUAGAAGAGAGGAGACCCUAGUGAAGAGUCUGGCUAGUGAAGAUAUGGACAGUUGGGGGGUACCGCGCCGAUUGCGCUUGUGCGGUGGUGGAGAGAGUUCAUUGAAUGCUGCCACUGGUUGGGGAAGUCCUCCUGCUUCCAAUAAUAGUGCUGGGAAUUGGGGCGGCAACAGCAGUGGCCAAACAAAUAAUGGAUCUAACAAUACUCAACAAUGGAACAACACGGCUCAACGGCCGCCUACUUCCCAAGCAGACAUGAACAGUAACAAAGGUGGUGGAAACCAAAUGCCACCAACGAGUGCUGCUUCUGGCCAAAACUGGCAAAGUUCUCCGCCCAACAUGCCAAAUUCUCAGUCUAACAACAAUGGUGCGCCAGCUAGCAAUGGCACUAACAAUUCGGGGAAUGGAAACAAUGGAGGCAGCAACCCUGCUAAUUCAGUUGCAAACACGAAUGGGCCAACUGGUGGUAAUGGGAACAAUGGUAAUAAUGUGAAUAGUACGUCUUCUGCCAAGAUUGAGAUCAACUCUAUGAGGGAGGCACUUUUCAGUCAAGAUGGAUGGGGUGGACAACAUGUCAACCAAGAUACCAACUGGGAUGUACCUGGGUCUCCAGAACCAGGUUCGAAGGUAGAGCCAACGGCCGGCGCUCAGCCUGCUUGGAAGCCAAGCAUCAACAAUGGUGCAUUUCUCGGAACUGAUCUCUGGGAGGCUAAUCUCAGGAAUGGAGGCCAGCCGCCUCCGCAGCCCGCCGCCAAAACUCCUUGGGGUCACACUCCAACAACAAAUAUCGGUGGCACUUGGGGAGAAGACGAUGACGCUGCUGAUUCCGCAAACGUUUGGACCGGGCCUCCGCCACCUCAACAGUGGCCAGCCGGACCGCCACAACACGCACAACAGUGGGGCGUUCCUAAGAAGGAUGAUUGGAAUGCGUGGGGUGAGCCCCAUCGCGGUGGGGAUCCACGUUUAGAUCCCCAUCGCUCGGCAGAUCCGCGUCAACAACCCUCAGAUCCUCGUCACGAUCUACGCGGCGGCAUCUCUGGUCGGCUCAAUGGUGACAUGUGGAGUCAACACCACCAGCAUGCCGGCGGACCAAACAAGAUGAUGCCGACUGGUGGCGUUAAUCAAUGGGGUGCUCAGGGUCCAAAGGAAUCUAUCAAAUCUUCGGGUUGGGAAGAACCUUCUCCACCAGCGGCUCGCCGUGCAGCUGGUGGUUUUGAUGAUGGCACAUCAUUGUGGGCACAGCGCGGUAUGGCUGGUAUGGCAGGACGUGGGGCCCCACAAGGACCACCUGCGCCCCAAAGAAUCCCACCCACGCCAACGAAACCUGAUGCAGUAUGGGGCGCUCACGCUCAACGAAAUGGCUCCUGGGAGGAACAGCACGCCCCUGCUUGGCCCGAUCGCGAUGCCUCCGCAUGGCCUGACCCAUCUGGGCCUGCUUUGUGGCCCGUUCCUAAACCUAAACCUACAGGACCGGGAGGUGGAUGGCCAGAUGAUAUCGGCGAAUGGGGUGGACCCAAGCCUCCGCCGGCUGGACCCCUUGGCAAGCAAUUGCCUAAAGAAAUGGUGUGGAAUAGCAAGCAAUUCAGGUUCUUAGUAGAGAUGGGUUUUAAGAAGGAAGAAGCGGAAGCGGCACUCCGUAAUCGCGACAUGAACGCAGAAGAGGCAUUAGAAUUAUUGUCGGCAACGAGCCGCGACGGAUGGCGACGAGACGAGCAAUUCGGCCACCAUGCGCAAUUCCAACCCCCACCUAAUGUUCCAUCAGUGUCACCUGCGGUGGUACAAAAGCUGCUUAACCAACCACCGCCUCAAACAGUUCAGCAUCACCAUUCUUACAACCCGAAUAGUGGCACAGGCAAUAGCGGGCAACCGAGCACAGCGCAACUUCGUAUGCUCGUGCAACAAAUACAGAUGGCGGUUUCUGCAGGAUACCUUAACCACCAGAUUCUCAAUCAGCCUUUGGCGCCUCAGACACUCGUGUUACUCAAUCAAUUGUUACAACAGAUCAAAGUACUUCAACAACUAGCACAACAGCAUUCAGUAGCUCUCUCUAAGGGCAAUUCUACAAUCGCUCUGCAGUGUUCAGUGCAGAUAACUAAGGCGAAACAGCAAAUAACUGGUCUCCAGAACCAAAUAACAACACAGCAAGCGCUAUACAUGAAGCAGCAAGCAGGCGGAGCGGAUCUCUUCAAGCCAAGCCAUGAUCCUUUAGUACAGCUUCAGAACAACUUCAGCGAUAUAAGCAUUACUAAAGACGCUCAAGCGUAUGGAGGUGGCGGAAAUCAACAGUCGCGCCUGAAUCAGUGGAAGCUUCCGUCGCUGGAUAAAGACGGCGAGGGUUCAGAGUUCAGUCGGGCACCAGGCACUGCCAAGUCUACCACCAGCCCCCAGCUCAAUCAGCUCGGCUUACAGCCUGACUCCACUUGGGGCGUGGGACGCGGUUCUGAAGGUUGGGGAGAUAGUGGCGCGGACGUAGCCGACGGAAAGGAUGCAUGGCCGACUCAUCCAUCACACCAACCGGUUUAUGAUCUCGUGCCGGAGUUCGAACCAGGCAAGCCGUGGAAGGGUAACCAGAUGAAGAAUGUAGAGGAUGAUCCGGCCAUGACGCCCGGUUCCGUCGUACGUUCGCCCCUCUCAUUGGCCGCGAUCAAAGACACUGACAUGUUGGGAGGGAAGACAUCGCCCCCGGGCGGUGAGCGUUCCCUCUCCUCGUCGACUUGGAGCUAUGCCCCGCCGGCCACGAGUGCGGCGGCGGCACUGAAGCCCCCGGCGGACACGUGGGCGGGGAAGCCCCGGCCCGCGCCCCCCGGCCUCAACAAGCCCUGGCCGCAGCACCAUGGAAACGCUCAACAGCGACCUGUCGCCUCCUGGCAGACAUCCACUUGGCUUCUGCUCAAGAACCUUACUGCUCAGAUCGAUGGGUCGACUCUGAAGACCCUUUGCAUCCAGCACGGUCCACUGCAGAACUUCCACCUGUACUUGAACCAGGGCCUCGCCCUCGCCCGCUAUUCCACUCGCGAGGAGGCCGCUAAGACACUGCCUAUGCGAUACUCUGUAAUACAAAUGGGAGAUUUUUUAGUGGAUUCUCGGCUGAACACGAAUAAGUCAUCGCGCCAAGUGCGCGAAGGUGGAAUUCAAAAUUAUCUAAAAUCGGAACAGGCUCAGAUGGCGCUAAACAACUGCGUGCUUAGCAACACGACCAUCUUCGCGGAGUCGCCGGCGGAGUCCGAGGUGCAAAUGAUCCUGCAGCACCUCGGUUCGGGCGGCGGCGGCGUGUGGCGCGGGGGCGGCGGCGGCAAGGACGGCUGGGGCGGAUUCCCCGGCCUGUGGCCCGACCACGACCAGCGCGCGACGCCCUCCUCCCUCAACUCGUUCCUCCCGCCGGACCUGCUCGGCGGCGAGUCCAUCUAA